GGAUAACUCAACGCAAUAUGUCGAGCGAGGUUAAAUCAGGGAGUAAUCCACCACCCGGACAGAACCAAAAUCAACCGCCACCGCCGGCCGGAUAUAACCAGCCUCAACCCGGAUAUGGUCAACAACCCGGAUAUGGUCAACAACCUGGAUAUGGUCAACAGCCUGGAUACGGCCAACAACCUGGAUAUGGCCAACAGCAACAUCAUAGCACAGUAGUGGUUGGACAGCCGGCUAAUGUAGUAGUGUUACACCGACCCGAUUCUUACCUAGGAUGUGCUGUUUUUACUUGCCUUUGUUGCUUCUGGCCAACUGGUAUUGCCGCUAUUGUGUUUGCUUGUAUGUCUCAAUCGUCCAGUGAUAGACAGGAUUAUGCGAAAGCCAGAGAAGAAGGAAAUAUGGCUAAGAUAUUUUCUAUCGUCAGUUUGGUGGUUGGUCUUAUCUGGAUUAUUGCUGUUAUAAUCUAUGUAAUUGUGGUGUUCGUGGUAUUUGCCCAGGCCGUCGGUGCCGCUACCAGCAACUCUCAGAGUUUCGGUUAAGAAUGAUUGUGAUUUUGCAAAACAUAUACCCUAAUAAUCAUACAGCGACGGUUAAAAGGAAAUAGUUACAUUAUUUUUUUACUUUAUCGACUGAUAGAAUUCCAUUUUUUAGUUAUAUUUAGGCCCAAUUACUCUUCAAAUUAAAAUCUGGAUUAGGGUUCGUCUUUAAUUACAUAAAUAACGGCGUCAUUAAGUGUGAUAAAUAAAUACCAAAUGAAUAUUAUCAGCUAUGUGGACUCUCUGAAAAAGAAGGCCACUUUAACGAAUCUGAAUACCAAAUAAUGAAUUUAAGCGACGUGUUACUCUCUGAAUGAUCUGAUCAUUUUGAUUUAGCUAGGUAGACUUUCUUCGAGUUGAUAAACCCAGUCGCAGACGGGUAUACGGUGGUUUUAAAGAUCAUUGAAAGCAUACCCUGUCUAGCUAGGGAAACUUGCUACAGUACUUAUAUUAAUGGAGCUCAAAUUGAAUAGUUAACCCAUAGUAACCCAUAUCUCAUCUUCACGACGUCAAGAUAUUACGAACUUGUACAAGUUCAUAAUAGCUUAACAAUAUGAAGAUGCUAUAAUAUCUGUGAUAAUAUUUUGAUUCUCUGUUGUUUGUUUUUUUUUUAAAUAAAUAUUCUGUACAG